AUGGGGCUGGGACUCCUGAGCGCAGCGCUGUUGUUUCUGGGGGGCGCUCUCAUAUGCUCAGAACACUACCCACUCUCUGAAAGGAGUGGGCAUGGCUCCUCGCGGGAACAGGCCGGAGGUCGGAGGUGGCCUGAAGCCAUGAGUGGGAGGCCCAGGGCGCAGGAGCCCCAGGCCCCGGAAGAGGAAGGGUUGAACGCAAAGGGCAAUUGUGGAACAGCACCACUUGCAAGUAUGUUCCAGGGGUCUCGGAUUGUAGGGGGCACAGAAGCUCAAAUUGGCGCAUGGCCAUGGCUAGUUAGCCUACAGAUUCAAUCUGGCAGAUAUCGUGCUCAUGUAUGUGCGGGAAGCUUGGUGAAAAAUAGAUGGGUCCUCACGGCUGCCCACUGCACUAAUAAGGACACUAGAGAUCCUGUAAUGUGGAGAGUUGUGAUUGGAACUAAUAAUAUAGGUGGGCGUCAGCCACACUCCAAGAUGAUGAAAGUUAAAGCAAUCAUUAUCCAUCCAGACUUCGAUGUGGAAUCUUAUGAAAAUGAUAUUGCGCUUUUUCAUUUAAAAAAAGCAGUGAGAUAUAAUGAUUAUAUUCAGCCUAUCUGUCUACCUUUUGGUGUUUUCCAAAGACUGAACCGAAACACGAAGUGUUUUAUAAGUGGAUGGGGAAGAACAACAGAAAAAGGUAAUAUUACAAAAAAAUUACAUGAAGCAGAAGUGCAUUAUAUUUCUCCAAGUUUUUGUACUUCUGACAAGAGUUAUGGGGAUAUAAUCCCUUACACUUCAUUUUGUGCAGGUGAUGAAGAUGGAGUUGUUGAUACUUGCAAGGGUGACAGUGGUGGACCAUUAAUGUGCUACUUACCAGAACAUGAACGAUAUUUUGUAAUGGGAAUUACCAGUUAUGGAUAUGGCUGUGGGCGAAAAAAUUUUCCUGGUGUCUAUAGUGGGCCAUCCUUCUACCAAAAGUGGCUGACAGAUCAAUUCUACCAGGCAAGCAAUGAAGGCAUAUUUAAUAUAAAUAUUCUGCUUGGACAGGUCCUUGUAGCCUUAGGUUCUGUUGUCUUACUAGCAGCUCCAUAAAGAAAUUCUGAAGAAUCUUUAUUUUGCCUCGUGUCCCUUUCCAUGUUCUAUAUAAUGAAAAUCAUUUAUUCUUUUGACAAGUAAUUGCCCAUUUUAGAGUCCUCAUGUGGACAUUUUCUGGAAUAA